UGCUUUCACUGGUUUGCUCAGGCGGUGGAGGAGAGCCUGGCGUCCGUGGCCGCCGCCCUCCACCUGUCGCCGCCGCCGCAGCAGCACGAGCACCAGCAGCACCAGCAGGCGUCCUCAGAAGAACGCAAGCAGAAAUGGGAGCAAGGCCAGGCGGACUACAUGGGGACGGACUCCUUUGAUAAUAUCAAGACGAAGCUCGAUACUUUCCUCAAAUGAGGAGGGAACGAAAAGAACGCACUUAAACUUCUGUGACAGACAUACAAGUGCAUCACAAUACAUGAGAAUUUAUUUUGUAUAAAAGUUCAUUUCUCUCUCCAAUUUGAGAUUUAAAAAAUAAUUACAAUGAGCCCCACAUAUUCACAGGAUGGCAAAGACUUUUUUUUUUUAAACUUUUUUUUUUUUUUUUUGCUUGUGGGGGUUAUAACUAUUCAACUAUUUUUGCGCUCAUUUUGUUACCGGGGAACCACGUCGAAGUGGACCCGAGGAGCUUUCUUUUCAACAAAAGUGCCAUCUUGUGGCGUCUUGGUGCCAAAGGACUAUGUUCAAGUAGGUUGAUGAGAUGAAUUUAGACAAAAGUAAUGAUUUGCUGCCUCGCCCUGUUGGCAUCAAUAGGCAAUUAUAAACUUUUUUUUUUUUUUGGGGGGGGGGGGAGAUCCAAUUAUUUGUGGAUUUUUGCUUUUUGUAGCAUGGUGUAAACCCAAUCUCCCUCAAAUAGCAAAUAGGGAAGAUUAUACAGCUUCAUGAAACAGGAAAAUAUUUUCCAAAAGGCCAGUCCCGACAUUGAAAAUUUUAUAGUGAAGGCAACCACAAAUUACGUUUGAAAAAAUCACUAUCAUAAAAUCAUCCUGCAACAUUACCCUUAAAGAUGGGUGACUGAUGACUUCACUUUUGGAAAAACAAACAAGUGCACAUGUCCAUGCCCUGAUGACUCUUAACAAGCCAGGCUCGACUUGGGCUCCUCCCCAGCACUCAAACAUUUUAGACAGGGCUUUGGCGGCAUCUUCUGGCACCUUAGGGUGUCUCAGAAAGCGCGAAAACUGCAAUCGGCCACACACAUAGGUCAAUUUUUUUCCCCCAAUAGUGGACAGGGACUACACUGUAGCGUAUCAGUAUUGCUAUUAAUUUUUGUUUUAUUUGCUGUAAACUAUAAUCAACUAAAUAAUCUACCGAGAAACAGUACUGUUUGGUGAAUCUAUACUAUGCAAGUUUCACUUUUUCCAAAAAUCAAACAACUGGAAUAUAUGAACUUUUAUUCCAUCUUCCAUUUCAGUGACAUGUAACUACAGAAUAUAGCCCGACCCCUUCUCCCCAGAGUUCAUAUUUGUGUUCUCCCAUUAUUUAUGUUUUGAUUGGCACAUGCUGCCAUUGAAAGCUGAAGAAAGCCUUUGUACUUAUGUUUUUUUGCACAUGACAUAACAUUUACCUGUACAUUCUUUCAUUUUUUUUUUUUUAAAUCACCUGAGCAUGAUCACAAACUGUCGAACGGAUCAAAUGUUUACAGUCAAUUUGCAAGCCUUGUGAGCAUGUGCAUGCUAUGCCGUGCAGUUCGACAUUUUACUUGACCAGGAUGUGUGGCAAUAUCUUUCAUCCGGAAAUAUUGAUUUAAAUAAAUCCCCAAAAAACUUUUGCAAAUAGGAAUGGGCUAAAGUGUGUUUAUUUCAACAAUCCCAUGUUAUAGUUAAUGAACGUUAAACUCUCUCAGUCAAGUCUGUAUGAUCCAGAUAAUGCAAAUAAACAGUAUUAUUGGAUUUUUUCCAUGUACUAUUUAAGCACGAGCCAUUGUAAAUUUGAGAAAAGUAGUAUGAUUGCGAUUGAAGUUGUAAUAUGAGAAUAAAGUUAAUAUUUUCCAGUUACAAAGUUGUACGUUUUCAAGAUUCAGUCAUGUUAUUGUAUUUUCAAGAUUUUGCAUGCAUCUUCAAGUAUUUUUUUCAGUGAAUUGUAAGCAAUAUUUCCAAGACUGAAAAGUAAAUAUGAGAUGAACUCCUAUUUUGAAGAUAAAAUUCCUAAUGUAAAAAAUCAAUUAAACUAUCUCGAAUACACACAACUUUGAACUUAUGGGACAAAAGUUUCAUCUGGAAAUAUGUUAUUAUAUCACCGAUGCAAGCUCUUUAUUUGUGCUUCGUUUUAAUUGUGCUGGUUGAGGGUCCGAGGCGAAAAUGAACUUUGAAAAAAAACGGAGGAAGAUGCGUGACUAGCGUACUUCCGGUUUCGAUCACUGUAGUUUUCGAAAUGUCGCUAAUUUAUCUAAAAUAGCCACAUUGGCACCUGACGUGCAAAAAAUAAGGCGUGUCCCGGAACGUAAAUGCAUCAUUAGGCUAAAAUGGCGCCGCUGCCCGCGCUCCGAGUGUGGCUUCUCGUCUCCUUGUCCGCGUUCGUCACGGUGUCCCUGGGCUUCGGACUCCCAGCCCUCCUGAACGCCGCCACGGGACUGCUGGGAGUGCCGGAGGCGAGCGUGAGCGAGUGCGUGGUGGUGUGCUAUGUGCUCUUCGUCCUGUACGUCGCGACCCCGCGGAUUCCCAGAGGACUGGUGGAGGUGACUGGCAAAGCGGUGUUCGUCACGGGUUGUGACGGCGGCUUCGGUCUGGCGCUCGCCAAACAUCUGCACGAACUUGGCUUCACGGUCUUUGCCGGAUGCCUGCUUAAGGAUAAAAGUGGAGAAGGUGCCAAGAUCCUGGAAAAAUUGCGCUCGGAGCGCAUGAAGGUGGUCCAGUUAGACGUGCGCAGCGACGAGCAGGUGGACCGUGCCGCCCGGUUCGUCCGAGACAACCUUGAGGACUCGGAGAGAGGUUUGUGGGCGCUGAUCAACAACGCCGGCGUGUCUACGUUCGGAGGAGUGGAGUUCACCUCGAUGGACGCCUACAAGGAGGUUUCAGAGGUCAACCUGUGGGGCACCAUACGGAUCACCAAAAGGCUUCUGCCGCUCAUUCGCCGGGCGCAAGGGCGCGUGGUAAACGUGUCCGACUUGUACGGCCGAAUGGGAAAUAUCGCGCAGUCGCCCGUCUGCGUGUCCAAAUACGGCGUGGAAGCGUUUUCCGACUGCCUCCGCUACGAGAUGAAGUCCUGGGGCGUCAAGGUGUCCGUCGUCGAGCCGGGGAACUUCGCCGCCGGCACCCUGAGCCGCGACGUCUUGGCCGGCACGGCCAACAAACUGUGGGCCGAGGCGCCGCCGGACGUCAGGGAGGAUUACGGUAAAUCCCGCUUCGAACAGACCGUGGCGCUGAUGCGCUCGCAGAUCAACGGCGGACAGAAAGAUGAGAGUCCCGUGCUGGAUGAUAUCACGGACGCCGUCGCGUCCAAGCGUCCGUACGCCCGGUACAACCCCAUGGAACCGCACUGCUGGAUCCGAGUGCAGCUGAUGACGCACCUUCCUUCCGCGCUUUCUGACUUGCUCUAUUUCUAAAACGCCGACGUUCCAGAACUUUUGGCCUUUCAUUGAUCAAGCCUUAAAUUGCAAUCAUUUUUUAAAAAGUAAAUUAAUGCACUUUGUAUCGUUACUCCGGCGCCCCAGACAUAACAUCGGAGGAACAAAAUGUAUCUAUAUUGUGGCCACAUUGUAGAACUAUUGGUUGAACAGAAUGUGCGGGCAUGACAGCCACAAAAUACUUAUUUGUGGGUUUAAGGAACAACUUCGACAUCUGGUAAGAAAUAAGCAAGCGGCCCUCCAAUAGAAACCGCAAUACGCAGCGAUGACCUUCAAGUAAGGGUUUUCUAAUUCCGAAAAUAAAUCUUCCGUCCAUUGUUGUUAGCUGGGCCUCUUCCUCGCCAUUUUUCGAGCGCAAUUUGCUUACCGAAGCAUCCAGCACAAACCAUAGCGCGUUUGUGCCAACAUAUUAGUAUCUUGUGUGCACGUUAAGCUUGUUUCAUAGCCGCAAAUGAUCCCGCUCACAUCUGUUAUUUCUGGGGCGCCAUAUGCUGGAGAUUAAAUCAGUACUUUUUAGUGUUGUCCACCAGCAAAAAUGUAAUGCGUUGAAAAAAAAAAUGCUGUUAUAUAAUCAUUUGGGUGUGGGGGGGGAUCAUGAUUUAUCUGCUUUUCUUUGUUUUUGUGUAUGGCCCACAGUGGCUCUAAAUCAGUACCAAAAAUAUCAUGCUCAAAGUCAAAGUUUACUGAAAGUGUGGUGGCUCAGGUUUGGGAGAAGGUCUGAAGAGAUUUUUGUUUGUGUUCUCAGAUCCUGCAACUCAUUAGUUAAUUAUAUUAAGAUCAUAAUCACAGGGAUUGAGUGAUUUCAUUUCAUGAAUUAAUCAAAAUGUAAUAUAUGGACCCUGACAGGAAAAAAACAAAAGACUUUUUCAUCCCUGAAUUACAUGAAUCAAAAUUGGAUUCAAAAUUUAUAGGUCGAGCCGUAACGGAAACCGCCAUCAGGGGGCGUGCUAGGAUCACACCGACGUGAAGUGCAAAAAAAUGUUUUAAUUUAGAAUUUAUUCAGCAACCAGUGUGUGGUUUCAUCCUAUUGGCAGGGACAUUUUGUUCGGAGAAAAAUAUUCAACUCGAAAACGUACUCGACUGCAAAUCCCACUUGAAUGAUGCACAAUAAUAAUUUAAUAAAGUAAUUUUCAUAGACUGCAA